AUGGACAGAGUGUAUUUGGAUGAGAAUGGGGAACUGGCAGCAGACUUGGACAUUGUGAACUGGGUGAAGUUUCCCAAUGAGUCCAUCCUCAGGGUGAAGUUUGGGAGUUUAUGCAGACGGGGAUCCCCAGGCCUACAGCUCACCAUAGAUGAAGAGGCCAUUGUGUGGCCCAAAUGGCUCAACCAGACCCUGCCUCCUUCCAGGUGUGUGGAAAGUUGCCGGCCCGGAUUUGUCAAGGUGGUUCAGGAAGGAAAGCCACUUUGUUGCUACGACUGCCUUCCCUGCGCGGAAGGGACCAUCUCCACUCAGGAAGAUGCAGAGCGUUGUACCAGAUGUCCAAAAGAUCAGCAUCCAAACAAGAAUCAAGAUCAAUGUAUCCCCAAGGUUAUCACCUUCCUGGCCUAUGAAGAAUAUUUGGGGAUUCUCUUGGCUUCCUUCGCCCUGUUUUUGUCCUUAACCACAGGCUUUGUGUUAGGAAUCUUCAUUAAAUUCCUAGAAACUCCAAUAGUCAAAGCCAACAACCGGGAUCUCUCCUACAUCCUCCUCGUCUCCCUCCUGCUCUCUUUUAUGUCCUCCUUCCUCUUCAUCGGCCAGCCAAGGAAAGCAACCUGCCUUCUCCGACAAAUGACCUUCAGCAUCAUCUUUUCGGUUGCGGUCUCUUCUGUCUUGGCAAAAACCAUCACUGUGGUGCUGGCCUUUCUGGCCACAAAACCAGGGAACAGAGCGAGGAGAUGGCUGGGGAAGGGACUGGCCAACUCCAUUGUCAUUUCCUGUUCCAGUGUCCAAGUUGUCAUCUGCACCAUCUGGCUGGGGACCUCUCCCCCAUUCCCAGACACAGACAUGCACUCCCAGCCUGGAGAGAUCAUUUUUCAAUGCAACGAAGGGUCCGUUGCCAUGUUUUAUGUUGCCCUGGGCUACAUGGGCUUCCUGUCUGCUGUCUGCUUCACAGUGGCUUUCCUGGCCAGGAAGCUGCCUGGGGCCUUCAAUGAAGCCAAGCUGAUCACCUUCAGCAUGCUGGUCUUCUGCAGUGUUUGGGUGUCCUUUGUGCCCACCUCCCUGAGCACGAAGGGGAAAUACAUGGUAGCUGUGCAGGUCUUCUCCAUCUUGGCCUCCAGUGCUGGCCUUCUGGGCUGCAUCUUCAUGCCCAAGUGCUACAUUAUUGUCCUGAGGCCUGAUCUGAAUACAAAGGAGCACCUGAGGACAAAAACUAAGGAUGGUAUCUGA